UGAAAUUGAUAGUUAGUAGAAAAAAAAUAAAGUCGAAUAUUUUUGUCUUCAAACUACAUUUUCUCAUUGAGUGCUAAAGAUAUGGGGAAAAAACAACACCAGAAAGAUAAAUUAUACCUCACGUGUACAGAAUGGAGUACCCUGUACGGUGGGAAAAAGAGGGACGACAAAAGCAAGGGUGAAUUCAAACGAUUGCCAUUUCACUGUUGCAGCCUCUCGAUGCAGCCGUUUGAGCAUCCAUUGUGCACACUCAAUGGUGUGAUAUUUGAUCUUAUGAACAUAGUUCCAUUCCUUCGGAAGCAUGGCAUCAACCCUGUCACCGGGGAGAAGAUGAAUGCCAAGGAAUUAGUCAAACUAACCUUCUACAAGAAUGCUGAAGGAAAAUAUCACUGCCCUGUGACCUACAAAGUGUUCAAUGCGAACACACAUAUUGUUGCUGUGAAACCUACUGGCAAUGUCUAUUGCUAUGAUGCUGUCGAAAGGCUGAACAUAAAGCCCCAGCAUUAUAAAGACUUAGUCUCAGAUGCACCAUUCACAAGGAAAGAUAUCAUUACUCUUCAGGACCCUUCAAACUUAGACAAGUUCAACUUCGCAAUGUUUUACCAUGUGAAAAACAACAUUAAACUGGUCAGUGAAGAGGAACUCAAAGCCAGAAAGGAUCCUAAGUAUCACCUGAAUGCGAUGAGCACGGAAACACGGGAUAUCUUGGCUCAACUCGACAGAGACUAUAAAGCACCAGAGAAGAAGACAGAAACAACAAAACAUGCAGAUCGUAUAAAUGCUGCAACCUACUCUACUGGUGCGGUCGCAGCGUCAUUCACAUCAACUGCCAUGACUCCAGCGACCGAACAUGAAGCAGCCAUUAUUAAUGAAGACUCGCUCAUCUAUGAACGAAUCACGAAAAAGGCCUACGUGAGAAUCGUCACGAACGUGGGGAACUUGAAUGUGGAGCUUCACAGUGAUAUGGUGCCAAAAGCAUGUGAGAAUUUCCUCAAGCUUGUCCAGAGAGGAUAUUAUAACAACACAACAUUCCACAGGUCAAUCAGAAAUUUUAUGAUCCAAGGUGGAGACCCAACAGGUACUGGCAAAGGUGGCGAGUCAAUAUGGGGAGCUCCAUUCCAGGAUCAUUUCAAGCCCAACUUGACCCACUCAGGCAGAGGGGUGCUUAGUAUGGCAAACUCAGGACCGAACACUAAUAAAUCACAAUUUUUCAUAACGUAUCGGUCGUGCAGACAUCUUGACAACAAACACACUGUAUUUGGCAGGAUUGUCGGCGGCUUGGAGACAUUAGACAAGAUGGAGCGGAUAGAGUGUGACAAACAUGAUAAGCCAUUAGAAGACAUCACGAUAGAAAGUUGCACCGUGUUUGUGAACCCGUAUGAAGAGGCGGAGGAACAGCUUCAAAAAGACAGAGAUGAUGCAUUGGAGAAAGAGAGACAGGAGAAGCUGGCUGAAGAACAACACAGGGUGACCAUCAAGGGCUCAAAACCUCCCACGAUAUUCAAAAAGGGAGUGGGAAAAUACAUUAAUCCCACCCUGAAAAGAGACGUGGUACCAGAAGACCCUCCCACAGCACCUGUAAAGAAAAAGUCCAAGGCGGUCGGAUUUGGGGAUUUCAGUUCGUGGUAAACAAACAAAUACAUUGGUAUUGAGAACCAAGUCUUUUUACUGAACAAUGGAAGGACUGUGAAAGGAUAAAUAUAAGACACUUGUCUCGAAAUGUGAAUCGUGGAUGUCUUCUUCUUUUGUGCAACAUGAUGGUUUAAGCCAUCAAGGGGGGGGGGGGUAUAAAGUGUUUUCUACAUGUGUCCUUGUAUAUACAUGGUGUAGUGGCUGAUGUACAUUUUGAAUCAUGAUGGUUGCACUUCUCAAGUAGGUUCUCCAGCCUCACAACAGCAGACGGCAGGAAAGAGCUCUUGAUGAAUAACAUACCCCAGUCAAGGUCUUGCUUGGGGACUUUUCCAAUGUUAUUCCUGGAUGUUUCAGUGGUUGUAAAAGAAUGUGUACCAUGUAUUGUCCUGUAUUUAUAGAUUUGUAUACCGAACAAUUGGGUUUUACAGAAGAAGUAAAUCCUG